UAUGUUGCUAGGAACCAUUGAGAGAAGAAGAAUAACAAAAGCUGCCACAUAUCUUCAGAGCAUAACCCAUCAUCUGUUGUUCCUAAAUUCGUGUUUUUGUAAUUUAAAAAGUAAGUUACUAGACCCAAAGUUAGCUUUAAUGGUUAGAGACAUGCUUGGUGUGAUGACUAAUAUGGGAAACCGGAUGUGCUUUUUAAAAACGAGUUUGUGAAUUUGGAAGCUAAGCUAGCUGCAAGGUUAGCUUCUGUCUCAGCUGCCUCGUCAACGUUUGUCAGAGAUAAUCAGCUGGGUCAGCCGUUCACCUAAACCUAGUAUCUCUCAACGAUAACCCCCUGACAUGGGAAGCCUGAGUAGCAGGUUUCAGGCCCCUUCUGAAGAACCAGAUGCUGACGAGGGUACAAGUAGCAGCCACAGGAGUGGUUGUGAGUGUAAUAAGAGGAAACGAAAUGCUCCUUGUGACUGUGAAAGUGAACAAGAGGAUGAUGAUUCUAUACUAGAGACACCUCGCAGGAAGAAAUUAAAAAGUACUUCAAGAUACAUUUACCAGACUUUGUUUCUAAAUGGAGAAAACAGCGACAUUCGUAUUUGUGCUCUGGGACAAGAGUGGAACCUCCACAAAGUCUACCUCUGCCAGUCUGGAUAUUUCUCCAGCAUGUUCAGCGGUUCCUGGAAAGAGUCCAACAUGAUGGAAAUCAAUUUGGAGAUCCCAGAUCAGAACAUCGACACUGAAGCUCUCCAAGUUGUUUUUGGCUCUCUGUACCGGGACGACGUCCUGAUCAAGCCCAGUAGGGUCAUCAGUGUUCUGGCGGGGGCUUGCAUGCUGCAGCUGGACGGUUUAAUUCAGCAGUGCGGAGAAACUAUGAAGGAAAACAUCAGCGCAAAAACUGUGUGUGGCUACUACCAUUGCGCUAGCAUCUACGGACUGGAUUCGGUCAUGAAAAAGUGUCUGGAAUGGCUUCUCAACAACCUGAUGACUCACCAAAAUGUUGACCUGAUGAAAGAACUUGGGGCUGAGGUGAUGGAGCAGCUCAUUCAGUCUUCUGACCUGUUUGUCAUGCAGGUGGAGAUGGAUGUAUAUACUGCUCUGAAAAAGUGGAUGUUUCUGCAGCUCAAUCCGUCCUGGGACGGCCCAAUCAAACAGCUCCUGGCAGAUGCUGACGCCUGGCUCUGCAAACGCAGGACAGACUUGAGUGAGAAGGAGCCAUUCUUGAACACGGAGGACGGCGCACCUUUUCGCUCCGUGUUCAAGCUCGUGCGUCUGCAGUACAUCAUCAACGAUCUGGCGUCUGCACGUAUUCUGGAGAGAGACAACAUUUUGCCUCAUGAAUGGCUGACAGCAAUGUACAAAAACCAGUGGUUUGCCAUGCUCCGGACAGAGUUUGAAAAUGAUAACGGGCCUCAGGAGGCGAACAAAGAUGAGUUUGAGCUCAACAGUAUGAGGUGUGGGAGGAAGCUGAGUAAAGAUGGUGACUACUGCUGGCGAUGGACGGGCUUCAACUUCGGCUUUGACCUCCUGGUGACGUACACAAACCGCUUCAUAGUCUUUAAAAGGAACACCUUGAGUCAGCCGUGUGGGGGUGCUGUAAGUCUACAACCAAGGAGACAUUUGGCAUACAGGUUACGUCUUGCCUCCUUUGACAGCCGGGGGAAGCUGGUCUGCAGUCGCUCAACAGGUUAUCAACGCCUUACCUUAGAAAAGGAUCAGGAAUAUGCCAUCAUGAACCUCGACAGCCGGUUACUGUCAUUCCCUCUCUACGUGUGCUGUAACUUUCUGUAUACGUCACCCCAUUCAGACCAACGUGCAGAUCCUUCCGAACAAGAAAGCACCAUUCACAGUGGGUCUUGAUAUUUACUGCACUAUUCUUCACUUGUAUGAACUAUUCAACUGAACGUUUAACACCACUCUGACUUUGGACUUAUCGUCUAUAUUUUACAUGGCUCUGUGAGGCCUUCAAUGAAAAAUGUUGUUUUGCCUGUGUUUGGUGCAUUUGGAGACUAACUUAAUGCAGUUCAAGGGUUAAUAUUUUCAUUUUGUUAUUUCCCUACAACUGUCUUCAGUGGGAUGAUGUACAGAACUUAGAAAAAAAUGUAUUUUCAGCAGCUUAAUUAGGCUUUUUUUCUUUCAAGGUCCAUUUUAGUUUCAUAAAGCCACUCAGGAUUCAGUUUCAUUUGGAAACUUUUUGUGUAUGGAGUGAACAUGAAAAUUUGUCAGGUUUCUAACCCCAUAAAUGCUCAGACUUUCUGUUACAAAGACAAAUUUAAUCUGUAACUUGUAGCUUGAUUUCAAAUUUGAAAUUUCAACCUUGCUGUCAUGCAAAUACCAACAGACCUGCUUUGGUAAAAAGGGACAAAACAAAGAUUAAGCAUGGAAAACUAUUAAAAUGCAUCUUCUUAUUUUUAGCUUUCAAACAUAUUUUAUGUAUAUAAAAUCCUAUAAUGAAGUUAAACUUUAUUUUUUAUCUAGUUUCUGAGUAAAUCUACGUCAUAGGAAUUUUUAUUCUAACAGGAGAUCAGCUUUAUUUUGGGUGUCCACUUCCUGAACACAACUUUUAGAUUCAGCUUCCAAAUCAGUGAACAAUUCCUGAUUCCCAAAAGCUUUCUCCAGUGUGGAUCAUCCUGUCGGUGUUCAUGUUUGUUUAGUGUCUCAAACCUUUGAGUUUGUUCAUAUUGGCUCAGACAGACUGAAUUCUAACGGAAUAGUUAUAGCUUUGCUUAUUGUAUUGAUUUAUUUGUUAAAUUUUUCAUUUGUUUCUUCAUAUUUUUUUUAAAAUUGUAAGAAUUUACCAGAAGUAAAUUCAUUCAGCAACUCAGUGGAUUUUUUGACAACUGUUUUCAUGUAAAAAAAAUUGUUUUUAUUUUCCCGUUAUUUAAUUUUUUACAUGAAUUUUUAAGGAUAUGUUGGAAAUUUGUCUGUUUUUUUUGCAUCAAAGCAUUAUCUCCAUCUGCUGGUUAAACUGCCAUCUCACGCAGGCUACGGUGCUAUAACACGGUUGAUCACUUUUUCCAGGAAAUGACUGUGUUACUUCGACACUUUUGAGCUUCUGAGAAUGCUUCAUUAAAAAAUAAGUAUAUCACUUUGGUAUAAAAAAAGCUUUUCUUUCAUGUAAAGAUUUUUUUCCUUGCUUAUGCAGUCACCAGUCAGAGGACUGGAUGCCAACUCUGUUAAAAAAAAAAAAAAGAAAGAUGCGCCUAAAAGGAUUUUUGUAGGCAUGGUUGUCAGAAUCAGAAACUUUCUUCCAGUCAACUUCCCCAGUGAAAUCUGAAUAAUAAAUAAGCCUGGUUUAAAUCUCAAUGAUUUAAAAGAAAAAAUAUUCUUCUGUUACUUUUAUAUGUAAACUACACAAAAAAACGGACACACAGAAAUUAAAGUUGUCUCUUUACAGCUUUUUGCAUCCACUAUAUUAUGAUUGAUAAUCUACUGUGGAUUCUGUAUUAUCUGGUAUUCUGUUUUCUACUUGUACAACUUGACUCCAUUCCUCAGGCUGCCACCUUACAGUGUUGCCUUUCUUGUACAAAAGUUUAUAUAAUAAGGGAACUUUUCUUGUUGUCAUUAAAAAAACAAAAGAUUUGAAAAGUA